AUGGUUAAAUCAGGAUCUCCAGCUAAAGACCAGAGAUUCUCUCUGAGUGACGAUACGACGGCCAGAGUUUUCACCGUCACCAUCACUGAUCUGAGAACUGAGGAUGAAGGACAAUACUGGUGUGGAGUGGAGAGGAUUUUACCUGAUGUCUAUUCAGAGAUUCUGUUGCUAGUUAAACAGGAUAAGAGGCCAGCUGAAGUUACAACCAUCAGCCUGUGUUUAAUAACAAGCACACGUGUUUUAACAGCUCCUCUGACUCAUCAAACCCUGCUAGCACAGACGCCUCCACCUGACUCAGGUUCAUUUGUCAUCAUCAUCAUCAUCACAGCAGGAGGUUUGGUUUUGCUCCUGAUCUGUGCUGUAUUGCUUAUUGUGGCCAUACGGAAGAAAAUGAUGUGUGGUCUGGUUUCCUUCUCCGCUGAAGGGCUUCAUCUGAGAUUCAGAAAAGGAGAAGAGAAUACUUAUGAGACAGAAAACGCAGCAGUCGUCUCAAACUCACACACAGCUCAGAGUAAUGACGUUUCCGAAGCAGCCGACACAGACCUCGACUACAUGAAUGCUGCUGCUGCUGCAGUGAGAAACAGUGUGAAUCCAGAACUGAACACCAGUAGACACAGUCACAUUUAUCAGAGUCUCACCGCUGAUUCUCAAGAAGAGUCCGUCUAUCACUGUAUCCAUCAAUCGAUGGACUGAACACUGAAGCC